CUGCUUUAGAAGAGAGAGAGAGAGAGAGCGAGCGAGAAAACUUGCAAUGGCAAGAUUUUCUGUGGAUAAAGAAGAUGAUUACGCAGGACCUAGCAACAAUCCGUGGUCCAAGAAACAGAGAACCACCACCACCUUCACUCGAUCACCACCAGCACCAGCACCAGCGCCAGCGCCAGCGCCAGCGCCAGCACAAGAGCAGCCACACCACCGACCCAGCCUAGAACCACAACUAGUUGAAGACUACGACGACGACGAUGAAGAAGUUGAAUCCGAGUACGAAGACGAAGAAGAAGACGAACAGGUAGAUGGAGAAUCCGAAAACGACGAAGAGGAAGACGGAGAAUCUGAAUACGACAACGAAGAAGAUGGAGAGGAAGAUGAAGAAGAUGGAGAUGAAGAGGAGGAGGAGGAUCAGAACGAGGUGGGACACCCAUCGAAUGGCGUCGCACGCAACGACGAUCGCGAACGCAACUCCGUUUCCGUAAUCCUAACCGACCCAGACGUGCUCGAUUGCCCCAUCUGCUUCGAUCAUUUGAGCAUUCCUGUCUAUCAGUGUGAGAAUGGGCAUCUAGUGUGCUCCUCCUGUUGCAGCAAGCUUGGAAGUAAGUGUCCUUCUUGCGCUUGGCCGAUUUACUAUCACCGUUGCCGGGGCAUUGAGAAGGUUAUUGAAUCAGUCAAAAUAUCAUGCCAAAACAUGGAGUAUGGGUGCAAAGAAACAGUGAGUUACAGCAAGAAACGUGACCACGAGGGGAUGUGUAUCUAUGCACCAUGUUUAUGCCCACUUCCUGAUUGCCAGUAUGUUGGAUCCUCCAAGCCCUUAUCCAUGCAUGUCAGCAACAGCCAUCCAAAUUCUGUGAGCCAAUUCUGGUACAACUGUCUCUUCCAUAUAUAUUUAGAAAAGCACCAGAAGUACCUUAUUCUUCAAGAACAAAGUGAAGGCAUAAUUUUUAUUCUCAAUAAUUGGAUUGAACCAUUCGGAAAUGUGGUCAAUGUUAGUUGUAUCGUACCAAGCUCAUCGAAUACAGGGUUUUCUUAUGAUCUCAUAGCAACAAAUGAGGACAGUUCUGUGAGACUACAAUCUUUGACAGAGUGCAUACAUGAGCGGGCCAAACAUCCUCCUCUGAAGAAGUUUCUUGUGGUUCCAAGUGAUUUUGUCAGUGCUGCUGGGCAGCUCAAAUUGCGACUCUGCAUAUGGAGGUAUCAUGUUUUUCCUCACAUCUGAGGAGGUGAUUGUGUUGUUUUAAGGUUAUGGUAGAUGUUGUGAACUUACAGUACAUUUCCCCUGGGAAUUGACUAGGGCAAUUGGGGUUUUUGUUCUAGCUUAAGUUAAACUUGCUUAUUUUAUUUAUACCAGAAACCUUUUUAUGCUGUAA